AUGGCCGAGCAGGCGAUUCUCAGCUACUUGGAGACCCACGAGGAAAUAGCCGAUUCUGGGAACUUCGCUGCAGAAUGUGGGAUCGACCACGCCGAGAUUGUUAACGCCAUCAAGAGUCUUCACGGUUUUCUCUACGUCGAGUCUCAGGACAUUAAAAAGGAAACCUGGGUUCUUACUGAUGAAGGAAAAAGAUAUGCUGCUGAAGGUUCACCUGAAGUUCAACUGUUCUUGGCUGUACCAGCGGAAGGCAGCAUCGCUAAAGAUGAGCUGCAGAAAAAGUUUGACCCUGCAAUUUUCAAAAUCGGCUGUUCUCAAGCUGGGAAGAACAAAUGGGUGGAAAUGGGGAGGCAGGUCUCGAGGAAGGUAGUUCAAGUGGAGGACAAGGUGAAAGAUCUACUUUUGAAGAUACAGAAGGGACAGGUCAUUGGUCAAGCUGAUAUUAACUCCCUCAAAGCAAGGAAGCUAAUUGUUUUGCAGACGUGGAAGGGAUAUUCUGUAAGAAAGGGACCUAGUUAUGCUCCCCAAAGAGAGAAGUUUGCGACUGAUUUGACCCGAGAAAACCUGCAGAGUGGCGACUGGGAGACCCUGAAAUUCAAAGCGUAUAACUUCAAUGCUAAAGGUCCACCUUCUGAAUGUGGUCAUCUUCACCCACUCAAUAAGAUGAAAGACUGUAUAAAGAGAAUCUUUCGUAUGAUGGGCUUUGAGGAAAUGGCCACAAAUAGAUAUGUUGAAAGCAGUUUCUGGAACUUUGAUGCUCUGUUCCAGCCACAGCAACAUCCUGCCCGGGAUUCACAUGAUACAUUUUUCUUGAAAACUCCUUCAACAACAAUGCAGCUCCCUGAAGAUUAUGUUGAGCGAGUGAAGCAAGUUCAUGAGUCUGGUGGUUAUGGAUCACGAGGAUAUAACUAUGAGUGGAAAAGAGAAGAAGCAAACAAGAAUCUUUUGCGUACACAUACGACAGCGAUCUCUUCGAGGAUGCUUUAUAAGCUAGCACAGGACACAAAACAGAAUGGUUUCACCCCUAAAAAGUACUUCUCCAUUGACCGUGUUUUCAGAAAUGAAGCAGUAGACCGUACACAUCUUGCAGAGUUCCACCAGAUAGAAGGUCUGAUCUGUGACAGAGGGCUCACACUGGGUCACUUGAUAGGAGUCCUGGAAGACUUCUUCAAGCGUCUAGGAAUGUCAAACUUGCGCUUCAAGCCUGCCUACAAUCCAUACACUGAGCCAAGCAUGGAAAUAUUCAGUUAUCAUGAAGGAUUUGGGAAAUGGGUGGAGAUUGGGAACUCAGGAAUGUUCAGACCGGAGAUGCUUCAGCCGAUGGGUUUCCCGGAAGAUGUCAGGGUCAUUGCAUGGGGGCUUUCUCUUGAAAGACCUACAAUGAUACUGUACGGUAUUGAUAACAUCCGAGAUCUCUUCGGGCAUAGGGUGGAUCUUGACCUCAUCAAGAAGAGUCCUUUGUGCCUCAUCGGCAUUAAAUAA